AUGGUGAAGUGUAAGAAAUGCAAUAAGGCUGUGUCGACGGCGAAAGAUGAAACUUGUAAAUGCAAAGGCUCAUGUGAAGCGGUCUUCCAUAAAAAGUGCGUCACGAAAGCUACCUUCAAAAAUGAAAAAUGUGAAGAUUGUGUAUCCCUGCCCGGAUCGCAUCCUAGUUCGCCUAGUGUUGAUGGACCGGAUAUUGCAGUGAUCCUGGCUGAUAUGAACAGGAAAAUGGAAGUGGUGUACAAAAUGGAGAAGAAGCUGAGUGAGCUGGCCGAUCUGGUUGAUUUUGUAUCAGAAAAGUAUGAUAAUCUGAUGGAGUACCAGAAAUCAACCGAAACAAAAAUAAAAUCCCUAGAAAACAUGAAUGCAUACUUGGUGAAGUGCAAUAAAGCACUGGAAGAACGUGUGAACGAGCUGGAAGAGAAAGAUAAGGAAAAAAAGGUGGAGUUGGCUGGACUGGAAAAGAAAGAAAAUGAAGAUGUGGCGAAAAUAAUAGUCCAAAUUGCUAACAAGCUCCAGAUGGAUGUUAGUCAGAUUGAGCACGCAGAGAGGGUAGGUCGUGAAAAACCAAACGUCGACAAACCACUGCCAGUAGUUGUAACGCUGAGAACAAAAGAGGCUCGUGAUAAGUGGAUUGAAAUUCGCAAAAAACGCUUGACAAAUGGUGAAAUUUAUGGUACAAAUAACGACACCCGUAUUUAUAUAAAUGAGAAUCUCACUAGGUAUAAAAGGAACCUUCUAUGGGUUACUAAAAACCAGCUUAAGAAAACAUAUAAGUACAUUUGGGUACAAGAUGGAAAAAUACUCAUAAGAAAAAGUGAUGAACAGAAAAAAAUAAUGUCAAUAAGGAGUGAACGAGAUAUUGAAAAAUAUAUAGAAAGUAAUGUAAAUACGGCGACUGGCUAG